UUUUGAGCUGGCACCGCAAGUGACAUGAUUUCCAAAAAAACUGCACUGGGCCACAAAAAUAUUAUUUUAUAUAUAUUGCACUUUAUAUCCGUGUGUGCUUUUCUUUUCGGGCGUGUAAACGUGAAAAUGCGAGUGGGCGGCGACGACGUAGCGGCGACGACGAUGCGCGCGAUUUUCUCGCGUUUGGCUGGCGGAACGUUCAAGAUGGCACUGCCGGGCGAUCCGCGCCGAUCGACUUGACAGUCCAUGGAGCCGCCCAGCG